GCGGCGCUGCGCGCGGGCGGUGUCGCGGUCAGUGCGUGCCCGACCGCCCGCCCGCCAUGUCGCGACAGAGCCCGGCGGAGGAGAACCUGCAGGGGUCCUGGGUGGAACUGCACUUCAGCAGCAAUGGCAGUGGCAGUGGCAGCUCUGUGUCUGGGGGCAGCCAGGAGCAGGUGCCAGCCUCGCUGUCCAUCCACAACGGGGACAUGGAGAAGAUCCUGCUGGAUGCCCAGCAUGAGUCGGGCAGGAGCAGCUCCAGGGAGAGCUCCCACUGUGACAGCCCUCCUCGCUCGCAGACCCCCCAGGACAGCCACAGAGCCCUGGAGCUGGAGAGCCACAGCAGUGGGGAGAAGAACAGCUUCCAGUCUGAGGAGGAUUUCCUGGAGAGGAGGAGGGAGGUGGAGCGGCUGCUGAGGAAGAACGCGGAUUGGAUCUGGGACUGGUCCAGCCGGCCCGAGAACAUCCCACCCAAGGAAUUCCUCUUCAAACACCCCCGGCGCACGGCCACGCUCAGCAUGAGGAACACCAGUGUCAUGAAGAAAGGGGGGAUUUUCUCUGCAGAAUUCCUGAAGGUUUUCCUGCCAUCCCUGCUGCUCUCUCACCUGCUGGCCAUUGGACUGGGGAUUUACAUCGGGAGGCGCCUGACCACCACAGCUUCCAGCAGCACCUUCUGAGGCACCUGUUGGUGGAGCUGGAGCAGAGCAGACUCAGCUGGAGCACAGGAGGUGCAGAGGAGGGAGCUGGUCGUGGCGCCGUCGUGUGUGUGUCCUGUCCGUGUCCUGUUUUAGUUUAGUCUAAAAAUGGGAAGGGAGCCGCUGGAGCUCCCGUGUCACAUAGAGCCUGCUGGAUCCAUCCCUGCCGGAUCCAUCCCUGCUGGAUCCAUCCCUGCUGGAGCAAUCCCCAGAGCACGUGGCACAUGCUAUAAUGUCCCUUAGUGCUUUGUAGUGAAGUACCUGAGCAUUAGAGCAGCUCCGUGUUUGAAGCAGCCCCAGCUUUCAGCAGCCCUUGUGCUGGGCUGACCCAUCCCCUGUGCUGGGGAUUCCCUGCAGUCCCAGGGGAGGAGGAGCCCAAACUCCGAGUGGCCUUAGAGAUGGAUCCGGGAGUUCCCAGGGCCGGCAGUGCCCGGGGCAGUUGGAGCUCUGCUCGUUGUUGCUUCGUUCACUGCGGUGGGAGGGGUGAGGUGUUGAGACACAGUGGGAAGAGAUGAGCAUGUGGGUAAAACUCCAUCAGUUUGUCCUAGUUCAGAGGUAGAAUUUGGAUUUAGUGCCUACUAAAAGCUGCUUUUGCCAGGACAUUUAUUUAAGCCCUAGCAGUUACUCCAAGUUCCCUGCUGUACCUACUGCAGGCUGUUGCUUCACAGGCUUUACCUGUCCCUAAAAACCUGCACCUGACCCCAGCCCUGGGCACAUGAACCACAGGGUGGCUUCUCCUUGGUUUUUACUGAUGCAAUGCCUUCCCCUUCAGUGAUUUUAUCUUAUUUAAUGAGAAAAUGAAUGUUUGCCAAAAUACCAUGUUUUAUAUAUUUAAAUAAAAAGGUUCCUGGUGAA